AACACGGCUACCAUACUCGACUUUCUUAUUACAACAUAGGUAUCAACUUACAAGCAUACCUAGUAUCGGCCUCUUUUAAGUCUUUUCUAAGUCUAUAGUACGACUCGUGUGUCUUGGUUUCACGUCUAUGACUACGAGUCCUGAUUUGGUCUUGGGUCAUGAGCUGAGCCGUCUUAAACGUAUUACUUCUUGAUGAAGGCCAUCGAUCAAGUCAUUGUUACGAUAUCUCAUCGUCGGUCUUAUAAACUCACAAAUAGACGACUUCAUAAUGAACAGUUACAAGCAGUUUUUGGAACUAUGAAAUGAGUUCUGCGGCUUUCCAUUGAAAAUUAUUACUCCCUCUUCCUUCUAAGGUUUCCAUCCUUCACUACAUCAAGGAUUCUUUUUCUGCACCUUUUUCAAUACCCCAUAUGGUCUUUCAUCUUUCUCUAAUAGCCAUUCCCCUUUACUCUCUUAUUAGCUAUCGAGUUCCUUUUUACGCUCGAAAGUAAACCUUCACCCACUAUGGACCGCUCUAAAGAUCCUUCUAAGGAUGUCGUUGUCUUCCGCUGCAUACGCAGUGAUGGAAUGCAGUACGAUGAGGCACGCUUCCCAGCUGACCAAAAGCCCGCGGAUGAAACAACUGUGAGAACUUAUUGCGAUCGCCUAGGAGCCAUGAUCGCUGAGCAGGUCUAUCCUGGUUCACUCCUGCCAUUUACCUUAGAGGCCUUGCCGCCGUUUUACCAACUUCGAGUGAGAACCCGUACUGAUAGCAAGACCCGCAACGACACAUUUCUAUACGGAUAUCCGGAGAACGACGAUGAGAAGGACAAGAAGAAGGCCAAGAAGCAAAGUGCCUUGAAAUGUUACCGUUCUACAACUGACUUUUUCGAUCACCUUCUGUGGUUAAUCACCGACGCAACUCAUGAUAGCAAGAAUUGCCCCUGUAAGUUCUGUAAGCCAUCCGGUGAGGAGGCUACAGCUUCAAGCCAGCCUAAGUCUGUCCCGGUUCCAGCUCAUUUGACAAGCAAGGCACGAAGUGCCUCACCUGCAUCUAAUACCAGUACAAAAUCCUCAACCAAGAAGACUAGUGCUGCCGUAUCAACGACCAAGGCUGUUCCAAGUCCUUCAGUACCCCAAGCACAACCAAUAUUACAAUCCGUAGCAAAACCUGCCAUACAGCCCGCAGCAAAACCUGCGGUACAGCCCGCAGUACAACCACCAGCACAACUUCAACCUUCGGCACAACCGACCAUGCAGCCCAUGAUGCAUAUUCCGAUUCAGGCUCAGUUGAAUGAGUCUGCCUUAUUCAGAGAAGGUGAAAUAAUUUGGUACCGAAAGCAGUCAUCUACCUUUCGUCUUGGAAUUGUUCACCAGGGCGUCUCUAGUGCGCCUACCGACACACCCGAAGGAAAAAUCAAGCCGCUGGGUCACUUUCAAGGAGACGCCGAAAUCAUCGAGCGUCCUCAUGCUGAUAUGCGCCCGUUCCUUACUUACAGCGUCCCUAAGGUCCAUGAUUCAAUUAUUAGCCUUGCCAAUUUACCCAUGGAACAGGUCCAAUGGCUCGCGAUGGAAUCCGAGCUUCCUUACGAAGCAAGUUCAAGACCAGAGAUGAUGAUGCUAGAGGCCUCGAAGAUAGCUGCGAGUCGCGUCGAUCAUUCGUAUUCCUUGUUCAACGCUAUUCAGAACCCCAACUUCCCGCCUAACCAGCUAAGCUUCGGCGGUGUAUUCUUCGGCUGUGAGAAGAUUGGCCUAUUCGAGGCAGUUCGAGUUAGCGUGGAGCAAAACGAGCACCCGCAGUGGGAUAACCUUGAUGUGACCUUCGUCAUGGUUCUGAAGAACAUAAUACUCGAGAAAUCCGAGCAGGGUGAACGACUUCUCUUCGGAGGUGAUAUCUGGGUCCUGCAAGACAGCAAGGGCGUGGAGCACGCACCCAACCAAGAACAGGUUCCCCCCGCCAUGCGCCGCGAAAAACAAUUCCGAGACGAGGUAAUGAGAAGCUAUGGGCUUCAUUACGAUUGGGUUCUGUUGCGCGCGAACGUCAUGAAGACCGAGAAAUCGAUUAAGGGUCGAUUUUACGAGUCCCAGAAGCUCGGUCCUAUGCUGUAUCAAGAGCCGACAUGGAGCGACUACCUUCGCCAGGGACUCAUCCCGUCUAUCCAGAAGUCCCUCAACAAGCGCCUCGACUCGUGGGGUCCUACUAUUGGUAGAGUCCCAUCCCGUCUUGAUGCCCUCUCCGGCGCCCUUAUGCCCGGAGUUACCUUGUCUCUCGGACCCGGAGUCGUGGAACCGCCUCGAGGAAUUUGACGGAUUCCUACCUAGGCUGUAUAUUGGGUCAAUUGGAGGCGGACGUUGUGGUACUAGCAGUUGCAGUUGAGACUACAGGUUUUUGCCAUCGGUGGACGCUUUGGUCUACUUAUCUUGCUUGAUACCGAAUUUGGUCAUCCCCGAGGAAGGAAAGGUUCUUUUUACAUCAAAAUUUGUAGUGUUGCAAUGUUGCAGGUUCGCGGAAUCGACUCGCCAUUCCGUUGCCAUCCGAGCUCAUUGGUUACGCAUUGGGAAUUAACUUAAGAGAUAUCAUUCCGCCCCUUUCCCUCUUGCAUUCUGCACCUUGGAACAUUAAUUGAUACAAACCCCUUCCCUACAA